AUGAAUAAUCCUUACGUACGUUAUUACCUGGAUCAACAGCAAGGGCGUGGCAUGCCAGUGUUCAGAGGCAGCCCCUGGCAGGUAGGGUACGGGCUGGGAGGACUGUUCCGUACUCUUGCAAGAAGAGCCAUGCCUUUGAUCAAAACCGGUGCAAAAGCUCUUGGAAACAUUGCUCUAAAAAGUGGGACAGACUUUGUGGGCGAUGUUCUCACCGGUAGAAACGUCAAAGAAGCGGCAAAAGCACGAACCGUAGAGGCCGCCAACGUUGCGAAAAGAAAAGCUAUGAACAAAUUGAUGGGUCAAACGGGAAGUGGAAAACGUGCAAAGCGCUCGAGAAGUGCAAAGCGAACAACUAAAAAGAGAAAGGCAUCGGCAUCUACAGCCAGACGCAGACAGACCAAGAAACGGAAAACAGCUCAAGACAUAUUUGGUUAAAACCAUGAAUUUCGUACAUUCCAAAUCGCAAGAAUGUACAAAAAGCGAACUCGAUCUAUUCUCUGUGCCCCCAACACAGAUCAGUUUAGAGAAAGGACACUGGGUAGAUUAUCAGCCGGUCUCCAGUGUAGCCGAUGGUGGUAUCAUUACGUUCCUGUCUCCAGGCACUGAAGAUUAUGUGGACCUUGCUAGAACGAUUCUCGUGGUGAGAGCGAAAGUGACAAAACCCGAUGGCACGAAUCUCGGAGCAGCCGAAAAGGUAUGGUGUUUUUCAUAUUGAAUACGGCGUUUUUAAAUAUUAAUUUCCUUCUAAUCCGUUUAAGGUUGGAGUCGUGAACAAUUUCCUCCACAGCCUGUUCAAACAGGUGGAUGUCUUUUUGAAAGGGAAACAAGUCACUCAGGCUACCGGAACCUAUGCGUACCGUGCUUACUUGGAAACCCUUCUGAAUUACGGUCCCUCUGCAAAAGAUUCACAGCUCACUGCUGCGUUGUAUUACAAAGACACUGCAGGAAAAAUGGAUGUCGCGGAUCCCACAGUAGUAGGUGGUAAUGGCAACGCUGGUCUCCGAGCAAGAUACGUUUUCAGCAAAGCAAGUGGAACUGUUGAAAUGACUGUCCCCAUAUUCAGCGACAUAUUCAUGUCCGAACGUCUCCUGUUGAGUUACGUAGAUCUAAAAGUUAUUUUAAAUCGAAGCAGCGACGAGUUCUGUUUGAUGGCCUCCGAAGACGAUGCUGAUUUCCGCGUGAAACUUACUGAUGCUUAUCUCAGGAUACGUAAAGUGAAAGUCAAUCCUAGCAUUUCCGUGGCUCAUGAAAUAGCUCUGAAAAAGGGACCUGCUAUCUAUCCUAUCCGUGCGUCGAAUGCAAGAGCUUCAUCGUUCCCGCUGGAAAUCCUUCCCUAA